AUGCACACCCAUGACCCCAAAAGAGCUUUUGGGGAAAAGAUAAAACUCCUCGUCUCAGCUGCCAUCCUCAAAUUCAAAAUUAUCAUUCAAGUUGAAAAUGGACACGUCAGAAGGAAUGGUCACUUCAUAUACGAUAGUGGAAGUAAAUUGUACGAGCUUAUCGGCGUGGUUGCUUCUGGACGCUCUCUGUUUCUUCUCUAG